CAUAAUAAUGACAAUGAUGAUAAUAAUAAUAAUAGAAAUCUUUUCAGAUGUCUUGAAGAUUUUUUUCGUUCCAUUUUUGUCACUUGGAAUUGUGCUCACUAUUUAUGCCUUUCAUUAGGUUUUCCAUUCAUAUUUGUUCUAUUAUCCUAUUUGCUCAAUUCAAAAGGAUAUGAAACCAAACGAUACUGUUGGAUGUCCAUUGAAGGCGGUAUUCAAUAUUCGUUUAUAAUGCCUGUAUUGCUUCUAAUUUCGCUCAAUACAUGUUUGAUACUAUUGGUGCUUAAACGUUAUUUUGAAAGAAAACCAUUGUCGCAUCGUUCACAAAUUCACCAGAUUCGGCCAUCAAUACGAGCUUGUAUAAUAUUAUUACCAUUUUUUUGUCUCAAUUGGUUUUUGGGCGUCUUAUCAUUGGAAACAUUACGUACAACGCCAUUUGAAUUGAUAUUCGCAUUAACCAAUGGAUCACAUUCAUUUUUAGCAUUCUAUUUUCAUUGCUAUCAACGUUAUAAUCUCAAACAUUAUCUACAGCAAUAUGGUUCGUUACGAUUAAUAUUCAUGGAUUAUGGUAAUGGCGGCAAUAAAAUAUCAAAAUUUUUAAAUAACUAUACACAACAGAUAUCAAAAUGGUUAUUUGGUAAUAUUGAUCAUCAAAAUUCAAAUGGUGAAGAUGAUGAUCACAAUAAUGAUGAUAUUGGUGGCCAUAGUCAUUUACAUCAUCAUCACCAUCAUCAUCAUCGACAUCAUCAUCAUUAUAAUCAUCAAAAUCAUCACAAUAUGGAUUCUGAUGUUGCAGAACUUUUAUUACAAAAAGAUUCAACAAUCUCUUGUGAUCUAUUGAAUGUCAAAAAUAAUAAUGACAAACAAUGUUUACAAUGUGGUAAUAGCAAUAAUAUUGAAGAUCAUAAUGAUUGUGAACAACAACAACAACAUCAAUCGAUUUUAAAAUCAAAAGAUGAUAAGACAAAUUUUUCAACAAAUAAAAUACCUGAACGUCAACAUCAUCAUCAUCAUCAGAAUUAUAAUUCUGGUACAAAAACCAAUUUAAUAUGCUGUUGUAGUAAUGAUACCUAUAAUUGUCCAGAUGGAUGUUCAUUUCACUGUUCCAAUGAUACAACAUCGUCCGCAACUGAACAACAUACAGCUGUUCCAUUUAUCGACACAACAAUGCCAGAUUUUACUUCAACUUCAUUGAACCGAUCGUUAAGUUUUCCAAUAGUUUCGUUGGAUCAUCAUUCACAGCAGCAACAAUCCUGUAAUGCCUUCAAUUUGCAUCCUUAUCUCCAACAACAACAAACAGCAGCAACAUUAUCAACACCGAAAUUCAAAUCAACAUUAUAUUCAAACAGCGGCCCAAACAUCAAGGACAAUGUCGGCAACAACAACUCCAACUAGUAACAAUAGUAUUAUAACGAUAACGGAAACGAUCAACGGCAACCAAACUGGAUCCAUUAGACCAAAUGCCUCACAGAAGCAUUCUCAUUGUUGUUAUUGUUAUUAUUGUCGCCAACAACCCAUUAAUAAUGACAAUGAUUCAAAUGCAGAAUCUUGUUUGCCAGUAUUUCAGCAUCAUCAUCAUCAUCAAAAUCAAGUCAUACAAAAUGGUGGUGGAUUCUAUUCGCAUCAUCUGUCAUCAUCCUCAUCGUCAUUGUCAUCAUCGCCUUCGCUGUUUAUGCCAUCAUCUGUAACAAAACUGCCAACAACAUCAAUGCCAUCUUCAUCAUCAUCAACUUCGUCUUCAUCUUCUGUUUACUAUCAUCAUCAUUCUAUACAACAACAACAACAACAUCAUAGCCAUUAUAAUGGUAUGAACUUUGCCAAACAUUUUUCGAAUCCUGACACAUUUACAGUUCAAAAUUCUAAUGAUGAUGCUACAUCAGUAGCUAGUACUUUGGGAUCGGUUGAUUUAAAUCCUGUGAAUAGUGUACAACAACAACGUGAACAAAAAUCAUCAACAAUAGAAAAUCAUUUUAAAAUCAACCAUACAAAUAAUUCAUUG